UAUUUUUUUCCCCUCUCUACAGACAAUCGCUAAAAUGUCCCCAACUUCUCUCAAGAUAGCUUUCCGGCAACUUAAAGAGGGAGCUUCUUUGAACCUGCAAGAUGUAUUCACAAUGGAAUAUAGAUUGAGCCAAGCAUGCAUGCGAGGCCAUGACUUCUACGAAGGCGUCCGAGCAGUACUUAUUGACAAAGACCAAUCCCCCAAAUGGAAACCAGCUGUUCUUGAAGAAGUAACAGAUGAAUUUUUGGACUCGUGCUUUAAGUCUCUUGGAAGUAAUGACCUCCAAUUAUAAUAAAGUUUUGCUAAUGUAAAAUAAAAUCCUAUAUUACAUAACCCAGUAAAAUGUAUGAUGAAUUUAAUUCAAUAAAAUUAUCUCAUCAUGUAAAAAAA